UGGCCGCGAGCUGCUGGCGGGGCGAUGUUUCCGUCCAGAGGCAGAGCCGGAACCCGGAGCACCGAGCGGCUGCUGAGGCCGUUUCCAGCGGACGGAUAAAGCGCGUCCUAUCGAUCCGUCGCGAUCCCUUCAUGUCCCGGGAUGGAGGGCUGCUGCCGCUCCUGUAUGCCGUGCCUGGGCCGGCUCUGGAACUGGAUCUGGCCCGAGUUCCGCUACCCGAACGUGCCGAACCACAACAAUGUCAUCGCGAACCCGGCGACGCAGGCGGCGGAGAUCCGCACCGUGUCCGGGGACAUCCGCGUGCCGUCGCCCAAGAAGCGGCCGGUGCAGCUGUACGCGGCGCUCUUCGACUUCGAGGCCCGCAGCGACGACGAGCUGACGGUGAAGGAGGGCGACAAGCUGUCGGUGCUGGAGAAGCGCGGAGAGUACGUGCUGGCCAAGAAGCUGACCGGGUCCCUGGAGUCCGGACUCAUCCCCGCCAACUACGUGGCGCUGCUGCAGGACGAGUUCGCCAAACACAACCUGUCCUCUAUCAGGUCCUCAUCCUUCAAGGUCCUUCAGGUCUCUGGGGGGAAGCGGAGCAGCUCCGUCUUCACCCAGCUGCUGCUGCUCAAAUCUCGCAGCGAGGGGAAGGUCUACCACUUCCGGAUCCAGCGCUCGUCCAUCGGCGCCUACUUCGUGUCCGAUAAGGUGUCGUUCGGCACGCUGGGCGAGCUGGUGUCCUACUACCAGAAGAACCCUCGCAGCCUGGGCGUUCCUCUGGAGGAGCCCUGCGCCCAGCAGAGGGAGCUGUUCGACAUGGAGCCCUGGGAGAGGCCCCGCGAGGAGUUCAAGCUCACCAAGAAGCUGGGAGAGGGCCACUUCGGCCAGGUGUGGGAGGCCGUGUGGAGCGCCGAGAGCAAGAAGGUGGCCAUCAAGAUGCUCAAGCAAGAGGACACGAAGCAGGACGAGUUUGUGAAGGAGGUCCAGGCCCUGAAGAGCCUCCACCACCCCAAGCUCAUCCAGCUGCUGGCCAUGUGCUCCAGAGGAGAGCCGGUCUACAUCGUCACCGAGCUCAUGAGCAAAGGCAGCCUCAAGUCCUACCUCACCUCUGCUGAAGGCCAGGUGCUGACGUCGGCCCACCUCAUCUACAUGGGCAGCCAGGUGGCCGAGGGCAUGGCCUACCUGGAGGACCGCAACAUCGUGCACCGGGACCUGGCGGCCCGGAACAUCCUGGUGGGAGACGACCUGGUGUGCAAGGUGGCCGACUUCGGCCUGGCCCGGAUCAUCAAGGACAGCGUCUACACCGCCAGCCGGAGCACCAAGAUCCCGGUCCGGUGGACGGCUCCGGAGGCGGCCAUCUACCAGCGCUUCUCAGUGAAGUCGGACGUGUGGUCGUUCGGCGUGCUGCUGUACGAGAUGAUGUCACGGGGAAAGAUGCCUUACGAAGGUAAAAGCAAUAAGGAGGUGCUGGACCUGCUGUCGUCGGGCUUCCGGCUGCCCUGUCCGACCCGCUGCCCGCAGAACAUUUACCGCAUCAUGAUGGACUGCUGGGCCGCCGAGCCCUCCAAGAGGCCGUCCUUCCACGCCCUGCACAGCCAGCUGGACACCAUAUACGCCAGGAUUUACUUCAAAACCAUCGAGGUGUAGAGCCUGGAGGACGUGGGACCGACACAUGAAGGAAAGAACUCGUAGAGAAAUCCACAACAGGGUAUACGUACUUUACAAGGUGUGAAGAGAGACGAUGCUCGGAGAGUCGAGGAGUAAAAACUGAGAACUCUUCGUUUGUCGGGGUAACAGAAGGACCGGCGGCCCGCUGAAGGUGUGUGGACACACUCCUGCCGAACACUGACGCCCUGAGCACAUUCACAGAACCAACUGUUUUUAAUUUUAUACCCUUUCUUGUGUUUUAUAAAUGACGGUUUAUUACUUGUGUACCUUGUGCCAUGUUCAAAGUACCACGAAGUCGCAGGCCAGGACUUGAACGGAUCUCUUUGGACUUCAACACCAGAAACAUGGAGUUUAUGUGCAAUAACGAAACACUUGCUGAGUUUUUUUUUAGUAGCAGACCGGGUGUAGCGAUGCUAAGUUCUAGUCCAGAGUUAAACGUCUUGGCAGCGAUUGGAUCGACUGUCAAGAUGUUCAGUAAAGACCUUCCAGGAAAUGAUCUGGUGAUUCCACCACUGUUCAUCACACGUCUUCUCUUGUUGUGAACUAAUGACCAACGAAUUGGAAGCUUAAGGACGGAUACACCAACCCAGAGCUCUGUCAGUGCACAUGUGGCAUCUGAGUUACACUUGAACCAAUCGUACGACGGUUUGGGAUGAAGGUUUAUUUGUUCUCUUGCGGUGGAUGAGUAGGUUGAUGCCACUAAAGUGUCUUCAUUAGCUCCACAGGUCCAACCAGGAGGCGGUCAUUAGAACUGAGCAAAAUCUGACUCAGAAAAAUGUGGACUGAGGGUAUAAGGCCGGAGGGUCAUUCCAUUAGAAACCAAUCAGAGCCGUACUUUAACUUGUAAAUGUAGCCGUUAAGUGGAGAAACAACUUGAAUGUUCAGUGUGUAAUCUUGGUAUCCAUCAGUACAGAGGAGAUCAUUAGGGUGCAGGAAUUAUCAGGGUUUCCUUCAGGAAGUCGCUCAAAUGUUACAUUUUGCAAAUUAAAAUUUUCUUGUUUCAGAAAACUUCCGUAAUCCUGUCUAGAAGAUGAUCCUCGUAUCACAUACAGGUAAAAACUAAACCUUUCAUUUGCUAUAACUGUCUACGAUACGUAAAACUAAUUUUAAAAAAUGUCCCAUAUUAGUAUUCACCUCGUCCAAAAUGAGCCAAUAACUGGCCAGCAUACCUCCAACUACUCUAAAUCGGCUGAAAGUGAGCCUUGUUUACCCAGAAUGCACUUUGUAGAGUUUUCUCUGGUGAAUGAUCAGAAACCAGAACCACAUCCAGGGUACCGAUGAUUGUCUCUAUGGCUCCAUGUCAUAGACGUUAAACUGUUCACACUACGAUACAUCCCAUAAUACUGAUGCUCAGAGUUGCAGAAACUGAACUAAAACCAGACUCAGAAAUGAUGAAAGAAGAAAUAGGAAUUAGAAAAGCAUGGAAUUUGGACCCACCUCUAUGGACUUCAAGGGCCUAAAGGUUCCCGUAUAGGGUUGAAAAGUAUACCUACCGACAACUGUAGAGACCACUCAUCACCAUCUUGUGUCUGUUGUUGUUUCAACUCAAACAGAAAUAGAAAAACAAGAAUGUGGAGUUUUAUAGGUACUUCUGUGCAAGUAUUCUACCUAUUCCUUGGUGACCUGAAGCUGUGGCGCUAAGCUAACUAGUAGCACGUUUGCAUUUAGCACACGGACAUCAGAGUGGCAUCAAGUUUCUCAUUCAACUCUUGUUACGGAGACGAGUUUACCUGAACGCUGAGUCACUGUUUUGAUGCUAACAAGCAUGAAAACUUGCCAUGUUGAAGCAUGCUAACAUGCUAACCGUAGCAUGUUAGCAUGCUCAGUAGCAUACAUUGCUAGACAAACACUGCACGCCAGCAGCACUGAGCCUGAGGCAGACGGAAUGAGCCGAAUGGAGCCUGAGAUGUGCUAACAUGCUAACACUGCUGACUCAAUAAUCUUCAUUCUGGCGCCAUUCUCAGGACCAACAUCAGCGAUCUGAUAUUUGUGUUCUUCGUCCACCCACCACUGUCUACUUCCUGUCUUCUCGGGGCUCUUCAUGUGACACCGUUGGUCUUGUUAUGAACCCACAAAGUGUUUUCUUCGUUCCACCGUCUGUCACAGGGAUCCAGGAGGAUUCUGGGCACCACGUUAGCGUCUGAUAUCUCGUCUCUAGAAUAUUAUUCCCGCUGUUUUCGUCCUUGUGAGAUGCAUUUAGCGGUGGCCGAGCCCGUGCUUCUAAAGCCAGAGCGCCACAGUGCCAUGUGUACAGGCCUUAAGUUAUUCAAGCUCCUCUCAAGGCCCUGAAUCAAGGCCGGUUACAACUAGAGUGCCUAUGUUUACAAUGCAGACUCUGUCCACACAGCGAGCUACAAAGACUUGAGAACGAGGCUACCAGACCUGCAGAGUGGAGCAGCCAGACCUUCUGCACCACGCUGACCGUACAGCAGCGUCGCACCGAGCAAUGCAAUCUGAGAACAAUGCAACUUCGGUCUCUUAUGCAUGAAACUCACAGCGAACGAAGCCAAGUUCAGGAAACUUGAGCCAUAAUCACCGAAUCACAAGUCUGAGUUUGUGUUUUGUUUUUGUUUUUGUUUUUCGCCUGUGUGCAAUCAGGAACAAAACACCAGUAAUGCAAAGAAUAAAGUAUUUUAAGUAUUGUUUUGAAA